AUGGCUUUUCCAACAUCAAACGCUCAGCAAGAAACAAACCGCAAAAUCCUGGAGCAGCUAUCGUCUCAAUUGCAGAAGAGUGUUAGUGUUGUUGGCUUGGGCAACACGGGGCCACUGAACACUGCUAGCCUAAGUCAGAUGCCCGCACCGCAGCUGCUUGGUCAAGCGACUGCAGAUUUUCCACAGCAGGCACCAGUGCCCAAUGCCAGUAGCAUCGCUGCGCCCCGCUCUGCAUUUAAUCCAACAAGUUCUACGACAUUGGGAUUCUUCAUACCCCAGGACUCGUAUUUUGGAAAUAGUUUUAUACCCGUUCUUCCACGUCUAGAGCCUUUGCCAACAGCACCAUUAAACCACAACGUUACCAAGUAG